AUUUAGCAUUUGUAGUGGCCGUAUGAUACAUGAGGCUUUGGGCGCGAGCCGCGCAUCCUGCAGUAUAUAAGGCCGUGAUAGUGGGCAACAGAGCCUGCGCCACGAUUGAUAGACACUCACCAACUCGACAUGGAUAACAUGACUCCGGACGUUCCAACUCACCGCCAGGUCUCGAUACCUGCGCCCUUCGGGGACCCAGCGAACGUCGGCUGUGCACAGGGCAGCCAGAUGCCCGUCCAGCGCCCGAUAUCCCGUAGGCGAGCGACGGACGAGGAGAAGAUGAGGAAAGCAGAGAUGAAGGUGCGCCGGAAGCAGUGGGAGAUGGGCCUCCAGGUCUUCGGCGUUGAGGAUCCUGAAGUCGGGAUGCAUCUUCUACGGGGCACAGAGGUCAUGUACCGGAGCGACGCGAAGGAAUACUACAAGCUUUCCGAGCGUGAGCUCGCUGCGUUGCCGUACCAGGUGCUCUCGCGCACAUCGCCGCCGCCUGGCUUCCCCGAGAGAUGGGGACGCAACAGGAGCAUCAUUGUGCCCCUCCAAGCGGUCAUCGCGCUGGUGCAGAGGAGGUACGCAUCCACGGGUGCACCGAUGCCAGAGAACGCGCCGCUGUGCACCAUGGUGUGCACCGGCACCGGAGACGCGCACCCUAGCACACAGAGGCGGAGUCUGCUAUGAAUAAUGAAUGGAGUAUUAUCUCUAACAGACUAUAGGAGAGCAUUUGUUUUGUUUGUCG